UUCAGAUUGAGGUCCGCCUUUGACGGGUUUCUCUGUCCUGUCAUAGGUUAAUGAGGGCUGUCAAUCUUCGUUGUGCCCAUUUGAUUGGUUGAGAAGCUAACACACAAACUGAAUCAGCUUUACGGUAAAAACAGGACGGAGAGCGGUCCAGAGAAUAUCAUCGAAGUGGGAAUAUUUUUUAUACUGCUGUGAAUUUCCAGGAACUGAAGAUGAUCGAGGUGGUUUGCAACGAUCGCCUGGGCAAGAAAGUCCGGGUCAAGUGCAACUCCGAGGACACUAUUGGAGAUCUAAAGAAGCUCAUUGCUGCCCAGACAGGAACUCGAUUUGACAAGAUUGUACUAAAGAAAUGGUAUACCAUAUUCAAGGACCACGUGUCUCUCGGUGACUAUGAAAUCCAUGAUGGGAUGAACCUGGAGCUGUACUACCAGUAGACCACAGGAGGACCACCACUCAAUUGCACACAGACGACCCUUUUGCCACACACACACACACACACACACACACACACACACACACACACAGAGAGACAGACAGACAGAGAUGGAAUCUGUUGCAGGAAACCACCAUGAUCAGACAACCCAACUGAUGGAGAGAAGGCGCAGUAUCUACAGAGCAAAAAACACAGACAUGACAUUGAUCUCUGUUUUAGCUUAUGAUUUUUGCCCUUCAAAUUGUGUGAAAGACAUGUUGUUUUAACGUUUUUGUUUUGAUAUUUUGGAAUUAAAGCAGAUAUUUACCUACUU